AUGUUGAAAUCCAAGUCAUUUGUUCGCAAGACCAAGAAAGGAACAGUCAUCAAGAUCGUAAAGGAGCAUUAUUUACGGGAUGACAUUUAUUGUGGCAUUGAUGCGUGCCGAAUUUGUGUCGAACAAGUCACUCCCCAUCUAAACAAACUACCAACAGCCAACUCGAAUUCAUGCAUAGCAACACCACAUUACAUAAUACCGGAUACAAAUAUCGUGUUGCAUCAGAUGGACGUAUUGGAGCAUCCAGCUUUCUCCGACGUGAUUAUACUACAAACAGUAUUGGACGAGUUACGGCAUCGAAGCUUGCCUGUUUAUACACGUGUCAGAGCAUUAGUGGCAGAUCAAGCCCGUCGUUUCUAUGUCUUUAGUAACGAACAUGCCAGAGAAACGCAUGUGGAACGAUUAGACAAUGAAACACCCAAUGAUCGCAACGAUCGAGCUAUUCGAAUGACUAUAGCUUGGUAUCUACAUCAUCUCCAGCAACCAAAGAAUAGCAGCGGUGGUGCUAGAACAGUUGUCUUAUUGACCAACGACAAGGCAAAUCGUGAAAAGGCUGUUGCUGCAGGCCUUCUUUCGUUUCCAUUGAGACAAUAUGUUGAAUCAAUAACAAAAGAGCCACAAUUGGUGGAUAUGAUUGCCCCCGUUGAUGAAUCUGAGGAAGUCACAGACAACAAACGCUUUACAUACGAUGAGCAUUAUCGAGCAGAGAAGGUUGUCGCAGGAUUGAAUGCCGGUGUCUUGUACAAGGGCAAACUGAAUAUUACCACGCACAAUUCUUUGGAGGGCUCUGUCUUCGGCAGGAAGGAGAAUGCACCAGAAUUGAACAUCACCAUAGUCGGUCGUAGCAACCUGAAUCGUGCCAUGCAUGGUGAUAUCGUGGCUGUAGAACUGCUUCCAGAGAGUCAGUGGAAGUCUGUGGCGACAGAGCUGGUUGUAGAAGAAGAGGAAGAUGAGGAAGCCGUGGAAGCUGCAGCAGCUGAAUCAUCUCAACAACAGCAAUCAGCUUCAAGUAAAGCUGGCCCAAAAACGACUCCAAUGGACGUCGAUGCUCCAAGUACGGCACGACCAUCUGGUCGUAUUGUAGGAAUCAUCAAACGAAACUGGCGUCCCUAUUGUGGAUCGAUUGAUGGCACGAUGGUUGCAGAUACAGUGACCACGUCGACCCUUCAAUCAGUCUUUGUCAAUCCUAUAGAUAAGAGGAUUCCCAGAAUUCGUAUUCAAACAAGACAAGCUAGAAACUUGCUGGGCAAACGUAUACUUGUCGCUGUCGAUGUGUGGUCUAGAACAUCUCGUUAUCCAUCAGGACAUUUUGUAAAGACUCUAGGAGAUGCUGGCGAUGCCUCUACAGAAACUGAAGUGGUCUUGUUGGAAUAUGAUGUGUCUUAUGAACCAUUUACCAAACAAGUGAAUGCUUCAUUGCCAGUCGAGGGCGAAGCUUGGGUGGUCAAAUCAACUGACUUUGAGAAUCGUCAAGACUUUCGGCAUAUUGAUAUUUGUAGUAUUGAUCCUCCUGGAUGUACGGAUAUUGAUGAUGCAUUACAUGCUAUUCGAUUGCCAGAUGGCAAGAUUCAAGUUGGAGUUCAUAUCGCUGAUGUGAGCAAUUUUGUCAAGCCCGGUACACCUAUGGACGAUGAAGCUCGAGCUCGAGGCACUACUGUCUAUUUAGUGGACAAGCGUAUCGAUAUGUUACCUUCAUUAUUGGGAACCAAUUUGUGUUCCAUUCGAUCUGAUGUGGAGCGUCUUGCAUUUUCGUGCAUUUGGACCAUGACUGAAGACGCUGAGAUUCUGGAUUGUGUAUAUACCAAGAGUGUAAUCAAAUCAAGAGCAUCCUUGACGUAUGAUCAAGCUCAAGAGCGAUUAGAUGACUCGAAUGCCACGGAUGCAGUAUCAAUGGGAAUCAAACUCUUGAAUUCCCUGGCUAAAAAGCUACGAGCUAAACGAGUAGCUGCUGGCGCCUUGACUCUAGCAUCAAAUGAAGUUAGAUUCAAUUUGAAGGAUCGUGUUGAAGAGACUCAAGAUCCUGUAGAGCCAGAAAUGAAGGAACUCAAGGAAACCAAUGCCUUGGUUGAAGAAUUCAUGUUACUCGCCAAUAUCUAUGUCGCCAAGAAGAUUUAUAGCAUGUUCCCAGAGUCGUCAGUCCUCAGACGACAUCCAAGUCCACCCUCAGAUAACUUUGAUGUGUUGAAAAAGGCAGUUGCUGCCGUCGGUGACUUUUCAAUUAACACUGAUACAUCAAAGACUUUGGCAGAAUCUCUUGACCGUGCUUCAAAAGCAGACAACCCAUACUUUAACAAGCUGUUACGAAUUGUGACUACAAGAUGUUUAAUGCAAGCUAUUUAUUUCUGUUCAGGAACCAUUCCUGAAUCCGAGUUUGUGCAUUAUGGUCUCGCUAGUGAGAUAUAUACUCAUUUCACAUCUCCCAUUCGUCGAUAUGCGGAUCUCGUAGUACAUCGUCUAUUAGCAGCGUGCAUAGGAUAUGAUAAAGUCUACUCGGCUGAUUUGACCAACAAGGCUCGAGUCGAGGAGACUUGCGAAAAUCUCAACUAUCGACACACACAAGCACAAAAGGCAUCUCGAGCAUCAGUAGAAAUCUAUACGAAUCGAUUCUUUAAAGGAAAAGCAUUGGAUCGAGAAGCAUAUGUCAUUCGAAUCAUGAAGAAUGGAUUUACUGCCAUGAUACCAGAGUUUGGUGUAGAGGGCUUUGUAUACGCAUCACCCAAAACAGGAGUCUCUCCCUUCGUGUACGAUGAAGAACAAAAUAUCCUUGUUGCUGGAUACAUCCAGAUACGAGUCUUUGAUAAAAUCAAGGUUCGCAUCACGAUUGAAGAAGGUGACAAGACGGGUCGAAGAGCUAAGAUGGUGUUGGGCUUGUUGGAACCUGUUGUUCCUGGUUUACCGUUACCUGAUGCAGUAUCGUCGACUACUUCUCCUUCCACGAAACGGACUAGUGUGCUCGAGAGGUCGGGGAAGAAGGUCAAUAGAUGA